AUGCCUCUCAAGUCUAUCUCAAAAUGGCGGUCUUCUCUGACUUUAGACCGGCGAAACCGACAUGCACUCACCUCACAAGGGGACCUUCAACCUGUUGUACCGUCCGCUGGGUCACAACCUCCACAAUCACUUGGUGAGGGCACUAUGGCUCUGGAUUCUCAUCCAAACUCUGCACCAAUAACAGCACCGACAAAUAAUUCCACGCUGGUCGCAACGCCACUCGUCACCUGCAAAACAACUCAAACGAAAUUUGACGAUACCAUAAACUCCCUGUGGCAACGAGCUUACCAAGGUCUCAGGGAGACGGACAGACAGCUCCUUGAAGAAUAUGAGGAACUGCUGUCGGAAGAGCUCGACUCGCAAACAAAUGACGAUAGUCAUGACCAUAAUAUUAGUAUCUCAGCGGAUCCUGAUGGUGUCAACAGUGUCACAGUGGUGGAUUGUCGCCAGAAACAACUUCAAGUGAUGGCUGAGAACAGCCUGCAACGAUUAGAUCAAAAUAGAGCCAAUUAUACAAUAUUUGGUCGGGAAUUCGUUUUGAGAGAUAAGAUUGCGCGAACGGCUGAAUUUAUCAAAGAUCUCAAGACUUUUGUUGACCAAGCUGUCAAAGCCUCUCCUGAAGCGUCCCUGGCGUGGGCUGGAGUCUGCACCAUUUUGCCCAUCUUAACAAAUCCUGCCGCUGCAGAGGAGGCUAAUCGGCAUGGCUUCCUCUAUGUCACCUCGAGAAUGAGAUUUUAUUCUGAACUUGAGCCUGUCCUGUUCCCCUCCAAUCUCACGCAAGUUAUCGGUCUCAGGAAAGAGGUCGAGCAUAGCAUGGUUCUCUUAUACCAACAGAUACUCGAAUUCCAACUCAGGAGUGUUAUAAGGUUUCAUAAAGUCUGGGUCAAAAGACUUGCAAGCGAUAUACUUAGUCCUGGUAUCUGGAAGGCCAUGCUAACGAAGAUACGGGACCUGGAGGGAAUCAUCGAUAAAGACCUGAAGAGAAUUAAUGACAUAUCUACAAGGUCAGAAGUCAGCGAACUCAAUGAUAAGUCCAGCCGGCUAUUGGACGUUUUGGACCGAUACCUUUCUGGUCCUGGUAAGGGAAUGGGUGAGGGUAGCGGGUCAUCGUUCUAUAACUAUGGCCAUGGGUGCCAGUACAACACUACUGGUGGGAUCUCCUAUAAUAAUAUCGGCAGCGGCAACCAAUUUCCUGGAGCAAGAUUCAGCGGAUCGGUAUACUUUAGAUAG